AAACAUCCGAACAUGUGUUCAGGUACGUAGCUAGUAGAAGAGAGUGGAGAAUACAGAUGACAAAUGACAAAAGCACCGAUAGGCUCGAUUAUAGGCUAAGCUGGGAGACCAAGGCCGAAUGUGUUUACAGUUUUCUUGAGUUUUAUCCACGUACGAACAGAAUAUGCUUGGAUCUUAUUCAUUGUGGCUUUAAAAUUACGUGUUGGACUUAGAUGCUAAGAUUUCGUUCUACAGGCAGCCAAAAAUAUUUUGCAAUGAAUCACUUCAAACGCGUUUUGGACAGGAUAUCAUGGUGCGAGUACAGAAGGUUACAAUCCACGUUGUCAACAUCGACUUCCAAGGUUCAAAUACCACCUAGAAUAAAGCGAGGACCCACAGAUAUUUUAUCUGCCCUUGAACGUACGAUACCGAAGGAUUCUAUGAAUCACAAUUAUGCAUAUCACGAUGAUCCUUUUCUAGUCCCACAGAACAAGAUGGAUUAUCGUAGUUAUGCAUUAUCCUACGAGGCAGGAAAAAAGGCUGCCAUGUGGAUUCAUAGAAAACACGCUAAUCUAUUCCCAAGGCAUCUGUCUGAACCAGAAAUCAAGGAAUUUACACCAACCCCGAAGUAUAAGCAUAAGAGCCAGGUGUCUGAUAAAUUACUUUCCCGAACUAUAGCAGAGUGUAAAAUAUUCGAUGCUAUGGAUAUCUAUAAAUUGCUAGGAAGUAGUACGUCUAAUAAAACGAAGCAAGAACUCCUUGAAUUGUUAUGCUUUUAUAAUUCCGAAAGUAAUUCAUUUACCGAGUUCCCAUUUGAACGAUGGUUCAUCAGACCAGAUCUUAAAGUCUUUUGGCGGUAUAAUCCGAUCAUUAAUGAAUUGUACGAGUCUUUGGCAACUCAAGAUUCGUCGACGGCAGCAGCAGCAGCUCAUAAUGCUAUGAUAUGCGGACUAGCAAAAUAUUCAAGAAUCGAUGAAGCUAUGACAUUGUAUCAAGAUUGUCAAAAGAAGAACGUCCCGUUAAACGUUAAUACCUACAAUUACAUCUUGUGUUUGUUGCCGGAGUGUUUUGGGAAGAAGAAUAACAAGAAAAUAACUUUUUUAUUCGACAUUCUUCAAUCGAUGAAUGAUAAAGGAGUUAAACCAAAUGUUAGGACAUUGAAUUCUGCGCUUAAGGCGAUCGUGCGAUCUGAUGCCGAAAAUGUUGUAAAACAUUUAAUGUCAGAGUUCAAGAGGAUGAACAUAAAGUUUUCGUUAGCCACGUAUUAUUACGUACUAUUCAUGUUUACUCAAACAGGCGACGCUAAUACGAAUUACUUGAAAGAAAUCGUACAAUUGAUCCAGAAUGAAUCGUUCACUAUACAAGAUCCCGAUGACACCCUAUUUUUUGCUCACGCUAUGUACUUGGCUGAACAUUACGUAGAUCGAAAAGCCGGAGAUAUGAUCCACAGUCUUCUCUUAACGGGAGAUAAUCAAAAGUUCAUUUCGAGUGCACUGGCAGAAAACGUAUAUUACAACGCGUACUUAUCGUUGCUGUUGUCAACGACUCCGAUCGAUGAAUACUUUGAAAUUUACGGGGAAAUCGUGCCAAGAGUGUACGUGCCGAAAAAGGGGCACAUGAAAAAAAUGGUGGACGUGUUGAAUCGUAGCACUCCAGACAUUAUAGCGAAAUAUCUACCAAAAUUGUGGACAGACUCAAAGGCCUUUUGUCAUGUAGACAUAGCCAUGAAAUCUAGGAUGAUUCGUAUGAUGCAGCUCGUCAUCUCAUCAGCUGAGUCAGGGUCUAAACCAAGCUUUGUGGAUGAAGCCUGGGAUUGUUGGGGAACUAUUAAGUGGGAAUUGAAGGAAAAACCACAAAUGCAUGCUCCAAUUGAAACUGCUACAUUGGCUUCUAUAGCGUUGAUAUUAUUACACGGUGAUCGUGCAAUGCAAAGCAUCGAAGUUCUGAAGAGUAUUGUUGAACAAGCGGAUUCGUUUAUUCCGACAAUGACCAUUGAACAAGUGAACGAAUUAUUCGAAACUUGUGUCUCGCAAGAAUGUAUCCAGGGAGCUCUCCUGGUCCUUGAGUAUUCUGCAAAUUCAGGAUUUCCACAUGUCGUUGACAUGGCUAUGAAAUUGCACAAUCUUCCACAGCUGACGAAAGUCGAGCGCGAUAGAUUGGCUAAUUUAGUGGGACUGGAAAACUCAUGUACAUCCGGCACAUCGAAAUCGAAUUGAUCGCGAUUCGAUGUGCACAAAUGUUUAUAAUAUCGUAAUUGCAAUUAUAGACUUGAAUAACAUUGAGAGAUACGUCAAAUUGAGA